UUUUCCCCAGUGUAUUUAAAAAAAAGAAUAAUAAUAAUAAAAAUACAUAAAUAAAUAAAAAUAAUUUGAUUUGCUUUGUAUAAACAAAUAAUUGGAUUAAGAGAAGCAGCGCAUAUGUUCCAUAGGCAGUCAAAGGGAAACAACUUAAUCUCCUGUGAUUCUUAAAAGCUGUUUCCAUGCUGCUCCUCUAUCAGUAACCUAUAACAUAACAUUACAAAUAUCCUAACUUCCAGUCCAAGUUGCUCAUCUAUCAGGAGCAACAAACAAAACAAAACUCCCGACCAGUGAUUCCCCCUUGUGGUCAAACACAGUAUCAGGUAAAUACAGAUUUUUUUAUUUUUUCAAAUGAUGCCACUGAAUGAUCUCUGUGACCGGCAGAGGAUAGGAUAUGUGCUGUAAUUUGCGCGCACAAUUAGCUUAAACUUUACAUUAAUAUUACACAGAGAGGCUAAUGAAAAAAAAAUACAUUUGAUUUUUUCUUUUUUUUAAAAGUCAACGUUUGUUGGCUCUGUGGUGUGUGGAUGUGAUAAUUGCAACAGUACAAAGUUAGCUGACUACAUUUUAAAAACUACAAGCCCCAAGAUCCGGAAGUAGUUGAGAAUGACUCUGACGUCAAGCUCCAGGAAAUUGCUGUAUGUACACAAUGGACCUUCGAGGAAGAAGAGGAAGAUGACAGAGUAAAGGGAUUGACGUGCUGACUGAGACACCAGACCACAGCGGGAACAGCGACUGGCUGACGGACAGGACAGCGAGGCAGACAAAGAAGAGGAAGAAUGCCGAGGAGAAAACAGUCGAACCCACAGCCCGUGAAAUUAGACGGUGUGGAUUGUAAUCCAGGAUGCCUGGUUCUGGACAGUGACUUCCUGCUUAGUGGAGAGCUCUGUGAGUUUGGAGACACGGAGAUCAUGGGGCUGGACAGAGACACAGCCAUGACUGUGUUCUCUCUGAGUGAUGAAAGCUCCAGCCUUCCAGCUCCGGAUGACUCCGCCUUCCCAGCAUUCCUCUCCUGUAAGGGGUGUGGUCAACUGAUUGGGACCGACCUUGACCUAGGAGCGGGACUACACUUGGGGGUGGGACUCUACUGCACGACCUGUGAGGAGGACGUCCAAUCAGAAUCUCACACAGCCUUGGAGGACACCUCACAAGGGGAGGAGUCAACCCCAGCCGUCCAAUCCCAUGCGAUGCAAGACAGGAAGAGGAAGAGAAGUAAAGCGGGUGAUGAAGAAGCCUGUAUGAAGGUGUACACGUGCUCUCUGUGUAGUUUCUCCUCUCGCUACUCCAACCAUCUCAAACGCCACAUGAGAACCCAUGACGGAGAGAAGCCCUACCGCUGUCCCCACUGCCCCUACGCCUCUACACAGAGGGUCAACCUGCAGAGACACACGCGCACACACACCGGGGAGAAGCCCUACCUCUGCAACGCCUGCAGCUAUGCCUGUAGUUCCCUGGGGAACCUGCGGAGGCACCAGCGCUCGCACAGCCAGGAACCCCGGGCGCAACACACACUGAAGAGACGCAGCAGACGAAAACGCACACACCAAGGAAACGCUGAAGUUAAGAGCACACAAUCAGAUGCCAUGGUGUCAGACCUGACAGUGUGUAUGAGGGAGGACUCUGAUUUCCUCCAGAACAGAGAGGGUGUAGCCUCUCCCUCCUCCCCCCGUCUCCCCACCUCCGCUCCCCUCCCUGACCUCCUCUUCCCCCUCUGCUGUCGCUCCUGUGGCCUCACCCUGGAGGGAGAAGGAGGAGAGACGGAGGAGGAGGGUGGAGGGCAGGUGUGUAAUAAAUGUUCAGAGUCUCUCAUCUCCAAGAAACCAGGGUCCCCCAGCCCCACUGACACACUCCACUCAGGGGCCAGCAAGCUGUACCGCUGCCCUCUCUGUCCCUUCCUCUCCCUCUACCCCAACCACCUGGCCCGACACGCCCACACCCACAGCGGGGAGAAGCCCCACCGCUGCCCUCAGUGCCCUUACGCCUCGGCCCACCUGGACAACCUGAAACGCCACCUCCGGGUCCACACGGGGGAGAAGCCCUACCGCUGUCCCCAGUGCGCCUACGCCUGCGGGAACCUGGCCAACCUGAGGCGCCAUGAGAGGAUUCACUCUGGAGCCAAGCCGUUCCACUGCUCUGUGUGUGGCUACAGCUGUAACCAGAGUAUGAACCUGAAGAGACACAUGCUGAGACACACGGGGGAGAAGCCGUAUGGCUGUGCUGAGUGUGACUACACUACGGGACACUGGGACAACUACAAACGUCAUCAGAGGAAACACGGACACAACACCGAGAGCUGGGACAAACACACACACCAGGACACUACAGCAGCAGACAGCGAGGGCUGGACCACACAGGAGAAAACGAAGAAACACACACCACCACAUACCACAGACCAACACUGGGUUCAAGAGACAGGGAACCAUAGCCAGGGAGAGGUGUAGUCGGGGGGAAGGGGGUGUGUGUUUAUUACACUAGUGACACCCUUCCUCUGUGCUCAGGCCUCAGAGGGGUGGGGCUUAUCUCAGGUGCCUCUAGAGGCGGAGCUACAUGAGCCGCCGUACUGCAUGUCAAUGCUGCACUGACCUUUACCUUGGGCAUUAAAGGGCAUGUGGGCGUGCCAUUAAAGGGCAUGUGGGCGUGCCAUUAAAGGGCAUGUGGGCGUGCCAUUAAAGGGCAUGUGGGCGUGCCAUUAAAGGGCAUGUGGGCGUGCCAUUAAAGGGCAUGUGGGCGUGCCAUUAAAGAUCUUGUUUUUGAAUGGUAACAUUCAGUUUUUAAUUCAGUGGAUUCAAUGUUUAAAAUGAUGUUUUGAUUGGAUUGUAGCACAUUUCACAAUCAGGUUUUGUGUGACUAAUAUUUUUUAUUAUUAACUGCAAUGAACCCGAAUUGUAAAAGUGUACAAAUUUAAAGAUUUAUAUUUGAGUUAUUUUCUUAAUCAUUAUUUCAACAAUGUUUCACAGCUGAGUGCAAGGCUACUCAGAGAAUGGACAGGGCCACUGUAAAGUUCUGUCUGCACACGUUGCCUUAUACAUCUCUCCAAUCCGGAAAUAAAGACAGUCAACUGUGAA